ACGUACAAACAAUUCUCGAAUACGAUGAUAUAGCUGCUGCGCUGCUGCUUGCUAUAUUCAUCAACUCUAUACGCUCUGUGUACAGCGAACUUAAAUAUUUUACAAUUUUAAGCUUCAGUCAGACAGUGACUUUUACAACAAACGGUUCGGCGAGAGCUUGCGGGCAACAUUUUUUUCUUCGUUUUUUUCUUCGUUGAAUUUUGUUGAGUUUUCUCGCAUUGGAUUUUUAUAUAUAUUCAUCAUCAUCAUCAUUAACUCUGUUUUUUAUUUCAUCAAAACAAACAACCAAACAAAAAUAAAUAAAUACAAAACAGCUAAAAGGAAAGCGCGAGAUUUUUAAAAAUCGUUCGGUGAAACAAUUAACAUUUCGGUGUUUCGAACGACCGAACAAAACGAACGAGCGAGCGGUCGGUCGCUCUAGUUAAUGUUGCCAUCGAAGGCGAAGGACGAGAUUUGUGUAUCCAUUUGUAUGGUUUGACGUUUGAAACAAACGUUAAGUGGUUUUCAAAGUGAUAUUACUCUGUAACGGACUUUUUCUUUAUUUUUAUUUUUGGCACAAGGAAGUUCCUGUUUUUUUUGGCGCCAAAUUAAAUUCAAAAAUAAGAUAGAAACAAAACCUAGUGAAUGUCAAUGGCAACAUUCUAGUGAUUCAAGGCUUAUUGUUUUUUUUCAUCAACAUUUUGGUUGUCAUUGAACAAGAUUUUUGUUUUUUUUUUUUUUUUUGAAAAUCGAAUUAAUAUCUACGAAAUCGUGCGUCGUCGUGUGGUUUGUGACAAUAUUAACGGUAAUUGUUUUUUUUUUCAUUUAUGAAAAUGUCGUCUUCCGGAGGGUAAUUUAUUGAUGUUUCAUAAUUAAUUACAUUUAUAAUAUUGAAGAAAAAAAAAAAUAUAAAAACAAGUGAAAUCCGAAUUAGUGUUACAUCAAACCAAUCUCAAAUUAUUGAGUGAGGGAGGGGGAAAUAUCAAAUACACCUACUCUAAGCUAUAAGAAAGUUUAUUUUCACUUUCACUGAUUUUUCAUCAAAAAUAUAAUUAUUUGUGCAGAGCUUUUGUGUUGUUGCAAGUUGCAAUUGCAAUUUUACCAAAAAAAAGUGCCAGUGAACAAAUUUUUUAAAAAAUACCUUAUACUUUGGCAACGCUAAUCAAGUUGUCCUUAAAAAAAAAUUUUAUUUACUGUGGAUUGAUUGUAUACGAGUGAAGUCGUCGUGCGGGAGGAAUAUAUUUUGUUGACAGAAUAAAACCACAUCUAUCAUUUUUAAUUGCUGACCUUUUGAACAGCAAAAAAAAAAGGAUCUUUAGAAAAGGAUUACAUUUAUUUGACAUUAUUUGGAUAAACUUUUUUUAUGGAUAUAAUUUCGUUGGUUUCUUGAAAAGAAUAAUCAAAUAUUUAAGUGCUAUAAGCUGCCACAAAAACCAACAUCAAAUUAUAAUAAUGUUCAACUUACUUGGAGUUACAUUGUGCAAUAACUUAUUUUAGAUGUUGAAUAAAAUAACUGCAUCACCGCUCCACAGAAAAAGAAGAUUUAAUCACAUGGGUUGAAUGACUGCAAAAAUGUAACAAAUACAAAAACUCUAGCAAAAAUGAAACCAACACUGCCAAACUCAAUGACAAUAUCAACCGAUAAGACUUAAUAAAUAAAACAUCAACAAAACAAUAUACGAGUAACAUCAAAAACAAAAUUUUACGUAGAAUUUAAUCGAGUUUAAAACAAAAAAAUUCAAACAACUUUACCUAUGUGUUCAAUGAAAUUUAUUGUGUCUGAUUUUCAUUUAAAACUUUACGCCAAAUUCACUCUUAGAAAGACUAUUUAUCUCUAUCAGCCAGAUAGUUUAAUGCUGGCUAAAAAGAUGUCACCAUUUUGUACCUAUUCGAAACACAUACGUCCUUUUUAUAUAAAAAUUUUUAAUCUAAGAAUAUUUACUAGUGAAUCUUAAAAAAAAAACUACAAAAGAAAAAUUAAAAAACUAUCCAGUUUAACGGAAAUUCAAAAUUCAAAUACGAACCAAAAGUGCAGCAGAAGCUUUUUUUAUUUUACUUCUACUUGCCAUUCAAAUAUACAAAAAAAAAAAAAACAAAAACCCCAAAAAAAAAAGCUUUUCUUGGAGAGUUCGAAAAGUGCCUAUAAGAACACAUUUAGUGCGUACAGAAACCAUUAAACGUAAGUGCCUUUGUCUACAAAGCAACUGAAUUUAUCAACUUUUUAAAGAGAAGACUGAGUAACAACAAGAACCAAUAAAACAAAAAAUCAGAUAAAUAUUGAGAGAAUAAUACACAAAACAAAGCAUCAUCACGUUACCAACAAUAAGUACCACUGUCGGAAGUGGGAGUGGAGAUUUGUCUUCGCAACCGGGGACACAAACCAAUACGCUGGCAUUGGCGACAGGCAUUCGGAGUGGCUCUGCCUUAUCGGCGAUGCCAUUUAUCGAUGAUGCGCUAUUAUGGUGUCCCGAUAAUGAUGGCCGAAUGGUUGGAGGUUUAGAUAUUGCCACUUGUCUUCAGGAUGCUUCAACCGGAAAUGGAAAUUCAAAUCAAAAUACAGAUUUAAACGACGGAAGUUGUGAAUUGAAUUCUCUUGAUCCUUUGUGUAAUGAUUCUUCAGAGGAAUUAUUUCGACAAUUGUCUGAGAGUAAUUUUGAAAUUGAAAGCUUACUCUCAGACUUGGCGACAGUGGAAGUGAAGCAGGAGGAAAAUAAUAAUAAUUUAACAGUUCAACAACAACAACAACAACAACAACAAGGCAUCAGCAAUAAUGGGUCAACGAAUUUUAUGCCCGGUGAUAAUUCAAUGCAAUCUAAUGUUAGUUUUAUGCAACAGCAAAGUGUUGCUUUAGUAAAUAGUAUAGCUGUGACAGCAGCAGAAACUGCGUUGCUAGCGUUGGCUGCGUCAGUGACAGCGUGUUCAUCGUCUUCGUCGUCUAAUAUAUCCCCUCAGCAUCAGCAACAUCAGAAUCAACGGAAUUUUAAUGGGCCGGGCAGCAAUAAUAGCAAUCGUUUUUCGAUUGCUGCAAAUCCACUUUUGGCAGAGAAACUUCUAUCGCCGAAUACGAAUAGUUUGAAUGAUUUGGAUAGUCUGACGAUUGGGAGCAGAAAUGGACGACCGCCGGAACUUAAAGGUAAGGACAUGUGUUUUAUUCUGUAAAAAAAAAUCGUUAAAGAAAGAGGAGGUAAAGUUUAUCUAAUCAUUCUUCAUAGUUAGAACUUGAUGGCAGGAAUUUCUAUAGUAGGAAAUGAUUCUUUUAUAGAUAUUUAAGUAGAAAAUGUAAGUAUUUAGAUAUUCUAAUGGUAAUUUUGUAGAAUUGAAUAUUUAUUUAUACAUAUUCACACAAAUAAUAUAGGUAACUUUCAUUUUUUGAUUUUUAAAGUAAAAAUCAGACUGAAAAUUAUUUUUUUUUCUAAGGAAUCCAGUAAUCUGAAAAGAUUUGAGAGUUAAUUAAGACUUAAAAAAUUGCACUCUUACUUAGGUAAUAAGUUUCAAACUAGGUCGGUUUUCUAGAUCCUUAAAGAUACUUUAAUUUCGUUUAGUGAAAUUUAAAAAAAAUCGGAAUGUAAAGAGUUGCCGAAGCUAUUUAUUUUAUUUUUAAUAAUGACGUGUAUUUUAAUGCAUCUUU